UGGAGAUAUUACUUCUCUCACUUUUCUCUAGCAGCUAAGGAAGGAGGAAGGAGCAGGGAAGAAAGAAGUGGAAAUGAUAACGAGUUGUGUUGGUUGGGCAUCAUCACCUUCAGCAUCAGCAUCAGCAUCGCUCUGUUGCGAUAAUAAGCUUCGGCAACUAAAACUUCAACCUUCUUCGUCUCCAUCGUCGCUUUCAUUUUCAAGUUCAUUUCCUUCUUUACCCAUCAUCUCUAUCUCAACAACCACUCUCUCACCCUCAAACUCCAACAAUCCCAAAGGUACUUUCAUUCGAGCUGCUUGGACUCGAAGAUCUCGAGGUGAAGCUGAAAAGAAACCCAGCAGGAAAUCAUGGAAGCGGAGAACAGAUAUGUACAUGAGACCGUUUUUAUUAGACAUUUUCUUUUCAAAGAAAUUCGUUCACGCGAAAGUGACACACCGUGGAACAAGCAAAGUGAUAUGUGUUGCUACCACAAAUGCCAAAGAUCUUCGAAACUCUCUUCCAUCCUUGAUAGAUCCUGAAGCUUGUAGAGUAAUUGGAAGGCUUAUUGCAGAGCGAUCAAAGGAAGCUGAUGUAUAUGCAAUGGCGUACGAACCGAGAAAGAAAGAAAGAAUUGAAGGUAGACUAGGAAUCAUCAUUGAUACUGUUAAAGAAAAUGGGAUUCUUUUUGUUUGAGCUCAUCCCUAUCAGCUUAUGUUGUUUUAGAUGUAGAUUCGAUGUAUGUGUUACUGUUACAAAUUUUAUUUAACUGGUUAUGAAUCUUCUGUGCAUUAGUUUGCUCCUUGAUGUUUUAUUGACAGUUUGACACGCAUCUGAACACGGACACCGUAUGUUUAUACGCUUA